AUGAGCAUGAUGGGAGAGCUAACUUUCUUUCUUGGAUUACAGAUCAAGCAAUCUUCCAAAGAAAUCUUCAUUAGCCAAGCCAAGUACACCAAGGAUCUCAUAAAAAAGUUGGGAAUGGAGAAUGCAAAACCUAUUGGAACUCCAAUGAGUCCAACAACUACUAUUGAAGGGGACAAGAAUAGAAAAAGUGUGGAUGAAAUAAUAUAUAGAGGAAUGAUUGGAUCUUUACUAUAUCUCACUGCUAGUCGACCAGAUAUAAUAUUCAGUGUUUGUUUUUCAGAUGCAGAUUUUGCAAGUGAUAGGACUGACAGGAAAAGAACUAGUGGGACAUGCCAAUUAUUGGGGAAUGCUUUAAUUUUCUGGCAUAGCAAGAAACAAAAUUGUGUUGCCUUGUCAACUACUAAAGCAAAGCAUUUAGCUGUUGGAAGUUGUUGUACACAAAUUCUUUGGAUCAUGCAUCAACUUCUCGAUUAUGAUUUAACUCUUACUUCCACUACUAUUUUUUGUGAUAACACAGGUGAUAUUUUGUUAGAGUUCAUUAGCAUUGAGUCUCAACUUGCUGAUAUUUUUACAAAAUCACCUUUGGAAGAACGUUUUUGUCUACUGCGUAAAAAGAUUGGUAUCAUAUCUAUCGCGUAA